AUGACGGCGGGAACGGGGGAGGAGAGUAGGGAAGGGGGAGGAGGAGGAGGGACAGGGGGGAGGAGGAGGCCAGGGGAUAUAGAUGGAGCCGGGGUUAUGUAGAGUACAUUGUGAUAUGAUGAUUACAGUGUGAAGGAUAUGACAUGUGAGCAGGGACGUGGGAGGGAAGGAGGCCCGGGGCAUGUGAGUUGUACCUCCAUCGUACGCACCCAGGCCGAGACCAGCCACCAAUUGCAGCUCUCUACGGGGAGAGUCCAUCCGCUCCCGGGGCUCGCCUCCUCCUUUAACUGUGAGUGUAGACUUUAACACUUCCCCUUUAACUGUGAGUGCAGACUUUAACACUUCCCCUUUAACUGUGAGUGCAGACUUUAACACUUCCCCUUUAACUGUGAGUGCAGACUUUAACACUUCCCCUUUAACUGUGAGUGCAGACUUUAACACUUCCCCUUUAACUGUGAGUGCAGACUUUAACACUUCCCCUUUAACUGUGAGUGCAGACUUUAACACUUCCCCUUUAACUGUGAGUGCAGACUUUAACACUUCCCUUUGAACUGUGAGUGUAGACAUUAACACUUCUCCUUUAACUGUGAGUGUAGAUUUUAAUACAGUCGUGGUCAAAAGUUUUGAGAAUGACACAAAUAUAAAUGUUCACAAAGUCUGCUGCCUCAGUUUUUUAUGAUGGCAAUUUGCAUAUACUCCAGAAUGUUAUGAAGAGUGAUCAGAUGAAUUGAAAUUAAUUGCAAAGUCCCUCUUUGCCAUGAAAAUGAACUUAAUCCCCCAAAAACAUUUCCACUGCAUUUCAGCCCUGCCACAAAAGGACCAGCUGACAUCAUGUCAGUGAUUCUCUCGUUAACACAGGUGAGAGUGUUGACGAGGACAAGGCUGGAGAUCACUCUGUCAUGCUGAUUGAGUUAGAAUAACAGACUGGAAGCUUUAAAAGGAGGGUGGUGCUUGAAAUCAUUGUUCUUCCUCUGUUAACCAUGGUUACCUGCAAGGAAACACGUGCCGUUAUCAUUGCUUUGCACAAAAAGGGCUUCACCAGCAAGGAUAUUUGGCGCUAGUAAGAUUGCACCUAAAUCAAACCAUUUAUUGGAUCAUCAAGAACUUCAAGGAGAGAGGUUCAAUUGUUGUGAAGAAGGCUUCAGGGCGCCCAGGAAAGUCCAGCAAGCGCCAGGACCAUCUCGUAAAGUUGAUUCAGCUGCUGGAUCGGGGCACCACCAGUGCAGAGCUUGCUCAGGAAUGGCAGCAGGCAGGUGUGAGUGCAUCUGCACGCACAGUGAGGCGAAGACUUUUGGAGGAUGGCCUGGUGUCAAGAAGGGGAGCCACUUCUCUCCAGGAAAAACAUCAGGGACAGACUGAUAUUCUGCAAAAGGUACAGGGAUUGGACUGCUGAGGACUGGGGUAAAGUCAUUUUCUCUGAUGAAUCCCCUUUCCGAUUGUUUGGGGCAUCUGGAAAAAAAGCUUGUCCGGAGAAGACAAGGUGAGCACUACCAUCAGUCCUGUGUCAUGCCAACAGUAAAGCAUCCUGAGACCAUUCAUGUGUGGGGUUGCUUCUCAGCCAAGGGAAUGGGCUCACUCACAAUUUUGCCUAAGAACACAGCCAUGAAUAAAGAAUGGUACCAACACAUCCUCCGAGAGCAACUUCUCCCAACCAUCCAAGAACAGUUUGGUGACGACCAAUGCCUUUUCCAGCAUGAUGGAGCACCUUGCCAUAAGGCAAAAGUGAUAACUAAGUGGCUCGGGGAACAAAACAUCAACAUUUUGGGUCCAUGGCCAGGAAACUCCCCAGACCUUAAUCCCAUUGAGAACUUGUGGGCAAUCCUCAAGAGGCGGGUGGACAAACAAAACCCCACAAAUUCUGACAAACUCCAAGCAUUGAUUAUGCAAGAAUGGGCUGCCAUCAGUCAGGAUGUGGCCCAGAAGUUAAUUGACAGCAUGCCAGGGUGGAUUGCAGAGGUCUUGAAAAGAAGGGUCAACACUGCCAAACUUAAUGUAAUUGUCAAUAAAAGGCCUUUGACACUUAUGGAAUGCUUGUAAUUAUACUUCAGUGUACCAUAGUAAAAAUAUCUCAUAAACUGAAGCAGCGAACUUUGUGAAGACCAAUACUUGUGUCAUUCUCAAAACUUUUGACCCCGACUGUACUUUCCCUUUAAUGUACCGUAGUACCAAAUUCAGAGUGCUACUUUAUAGACUUUUACUUCACCUGUGUGUGCACAUUUUAAACCUCUCAUUUAACUGAUUAUAUGCAAGCACGACCACACAACUUCAUGCACAUACACACACACAGCACAAAUUGAGUGUGCUCAUGUGUGUUCUAACCUGGACAGUCAAUGAAAUAGAUUAAAGCUAUCAAUAACACAAGACAACCCACAAAUAUUUAUCCUUUCUACCAUAUCAGUUUCUGUCCUCUCUCUCUCUCUCUCUCUCCUCUCUCUCUCUCUCCCAGCUCUCCUCUCUCUCUCUCUCUCCCUCUCUCUCAUUUUCCCCUUCCCCUCCCUCUUCCCUUUUUCCCCCUCUCUCUCUCCCUCCUCUUUCCCCCUCCUCUUUCCCCCCGCCCCUCUUCCCCCCCUUUCCCUUUUCGUCCCUCUCUCUCUCUCCCCCCUCCCCCCCCCCCCCUCUCCCCCCCCCCCCUCUUCUCCUCUCCCCCUCAAAGCGUCGAUCGAACCCCCCCCCCAACAGGGGAGGGGGAGCUCAGUUUACAUCCCGGUGCUUGGGGCCCCAAAAAAAUUUACGGGGAGGGGAGAGUGAGAGGGUAAAAAUAAUGGGAGUGAGGGGGAGUGGGGUGAGUGAUGAGUGGGGUGGUGGUGAGUGAUGGGAGUGAGUUGGGUGAGUGGUUGAUGAUGAGUGGGUGGACUCCUACCCGCUUCGGGCAUCUUCUUUCAGAUGUCCCAACCCCCACUAAAUGAGUUUCAACACCCCUUUUCACAAGUAUUUCACCAACCUGGGAUUUUUAAACUAGGCCCAAAAAGAAGCAAACGGGGGGGACUACUGAACUUGUCCGGGGAAAUGCUUUUUUUUUGAAACGGGGGGGGACACAAACUUGUCCAAUGGGAACGCUUGUUUUCGAAACGGUGGAGGGCUACAUAACUUGCAAAACAUUUACUACCGGGGGCGAAUGAAACAACCCUGCUGUUUUUUUCCCUUACAUGAUUGGGAAAGUGUGUUGCUGGUUUACCCUCUUAUUUUCCCCUAGUUCAACGACUGGUCCUUCUCCCUCUCUCCUCUCUCUCUCCCCCCUCUCCUCUUCUCCCCCCCUUCUCCCCUUUCCCCCUUCCCCUCUCCCCCCCUCUCGCUCAUUCCCCCUCCCUCUCUCCUCCCUCUCCCCCCCUCUCCCUCUCCUCUCUCUUCUCUCUCUCCCCGCUCUCCCCUUUCCCCCUCUCUCUCCCCCUCUCUCCUCUCCCCUCUCUCUCCUCCCUCUCUUUCCCUCUCUCCCUCUUUUCUUUUUCUCGCUCUCUCUCUUCUCUUUUUUCCCUCCCCCCCUCUCACCCUGUUAUGCGAACUCUUGGGUUGUCAGAUCUUCACUGACAAAACCCCUUUCCUGGCCCCGGGCCCCUCCAUUUAUGGAAAGAGGUGGACAAAACGCUAAAAAUUUUUUGAUCCACAAAGGGGAAGGAGCCACAACAACGACAAACAGACAACAACAGACGAAUGAAAAUUCAACCAGAAAAAACAUGACACACACCCCCACAGCACAUACACACAAAAAACACAUCCCACACACACCAACAACUGCCACCACAACAACACACCACACACACACACAAAACCCCACCACACACACACAGACAGACACAACACACAGACGACGACACACACCAUACACACUACACAAACACACCACACACAGACGACUAUCACCCCACACAAACUAAGAUUGCCCCCUCUGCCGCUUCCCCAUGUGUUUUAUUUGAAACCUUCUGCAUGCCAUGUGAAAAUCUCCUCUAACUAACUAUUUUUAUCCCCCUCCAAUUCCUCCUUACCUCUGCUCGGUUUCCCCCUUAAUCACAAUUUUUUUCUCUUUCCCCCCCUCCCCCCCUCUCCUCCCUCCUCCCUCCCCUCCCCUCUCUCUCCCCCCCCUCCCCUCUCCCUCCCCCCCCUCCCUCCCUCCUCUCUCCUCCCUUCCCCCUUUCCCCUCCCCCUCCCUCCCUCCUCUCCCCUCUCCUCCCCCCCUCUCCCUCCCCCCCUCCUCCCUCCCCUCCCCCUUCCUCCUCUCCCUCCCUCUCUCCCCCCUCUCCCCCUCUCACCCCCCCCCCUCCCCCCCCUCCCUCCUCUCCCCCCCUCCCUCCCUCCCCCUCUCUCCCUCCCCCCCUCCCCCCCCUUCCUCUCCCCCUCUCUCCUCUCCUCUCCUCUCCUCCCUCUCCUCUCCUCCCUCCUCUCCUCUCCUCCCUCCUCCUCUCCUCUCCUCUCCCCCCUCCCCCCCUCUCCUCUCCCUCCCUCUCCUCUCCUCUUUCCCCUCCUCUCCUCUCUUUCCCCCCCUCCCCUCUCCCUCCCUUCUCCUCCCCCCCCCCCCUCCCUCCCUCCCUUUCUCCCCCUCUCCUCCCUCCCCCUUUUUCCCCUUUCUCCCCCUCCCCCCUCCCCUCUCCCCCCUCUCCUCCUCCCCUCCCCUCUCCUCCCCCCCUCCCCUCCCUUCUCCUCUCCUCUCCUCCCCCCCCCCGUCCCUCCCUCCCCCUUUUCCCCCUCCUUCUCUCCUCUCUCCCCCUCUCCCCCCUCUCCUCCUCCUCCUCCCCCUUUUCCCCCUCCUCCCCCUUUCCCCCUCUCUUUCUCUCCUCCCUCCCCUCCCCCCCCUCUCCCUCCCUCCCUCUCCUCCCCCCUCCCCCCCUCCCCUCUUCCUCUCCUCUCCUCCCCUCUCCCCCCUCUCCUCCUUUCACUUUUCCUUCUUUUCCCCCUUUUCUUCCUCCUUCCUGCUUUUCUCCCUUUUUCUUUCUCUCUUUUCUGUCUUUCUUUCUUUUCUUCCCCUUUUUUUUACAUUUUUUUUUCCUCUCCUUACAAAGUGUGAAAUCUUUUUAAUUGGUGUUUUUUUUUUUUUUUUGUGUUUUUUCUUUCCGUGUGUGUCCACAUUUCUGUAAUGUGUUGUGUGUAAGUGGGGGUCUGCGGGCCCCUUUUUCUCCAAAAAGGGGUGGGGGUUCCAGGGCCCUGGACAGGUAAGGGGGGAAAAUCCCGGAAGGUAGGGAGAAGGAAGGAAAGAAGAAGAGAGAAGAAAGAAGAAAAGAGAAAGAGAGAGAGAGACAAAAGAAAAGGGUGUUUAAUAUAGACGGGGUUGCUACACGUCACAAAAAUUGUGCGCCGCAUCGAUGGGGCCGGGUGGUGCUUGUUAUUUCUACGGUCAAUAGCAAAUGCACCCAUGACAGUGCCAGGUCCUUUUUAAAGAGUGUUUUUUGACUCUUUCCGUCCCAAUUGGCAAAUCCCCUAGCUAGCUAACCAACAACUGGAACGAUGUAUUUGAGAGACAACAAGCGCUCAUUGUGCACAUUUAUUUAUGGUUUCAAUAAACAUUUGGAGACGGAAAUAUAGUUUACAUGUUGUCAACAGUCUAAGCCAACCCCGUCUGUUUCGCACCAUAGUUGCACACGCGUCGCUUUUGUUGCUAAACAACCAACCUAUAACCCUGAAAGCAGCAUGAUAUCUCCUUUGGAAGAUUUUUGUGGUUCUGUUUCUCUCCAGUCUGCCAUGUUGGAUCUGGUGGAUAUCUUUGGCCCCGCUGAGGCACCGCCCCCAGCUGACGACCCCUGGAACGCCCAGCCUGCUGUGACCUCUGACCCCUGGGACUCUGUGGGUGAGUGGUAGACGCGCCCACACACACACACACACACACUCUGUUAUGCAAACUCUGCACUGCAAAACGUGUGCGCCCUCUCUCUCAACAGCAGUCCACACCAACACUCCUGUGAUUGGUAGUCCCUGGGCGACCCGCCCCUCCUCCAGCAGCCCAACCAAUCCCUGGGCUCUGUCACGCUCUCCCACCUGGAAAGCCCCGCCCACAUCAUCAUCCAGCCCUGUCAAUCGCGGCUGGCAGAGCCCGCCCACUCUUACAGCGGAAGGUACUGAUAGGACAGAUCUCUUCUCUGUCAGGGAGGAGGAGAGUAAAGGAGAAGAAGGAACAUCCAGAGUCUUCAGCCCUCUGACUGGCAGUCCUACUGGUAACACCCACACACACACAACUAAACACACACCACACACACACCACCCACACACACCACACCACACACACACACACACACACACACACACCCACACACACACACACACACAUACACACAACCACCAUCCACACACACACACACACACCCAACCACACAUACACACACACCAUACACACACACAACACACCCACAACACACACACACCACACACAUCACAUACACACACACACACACACCACACAUACACACACACACCACACUACCCACACAUACACACACACCCACACACAUACCACACACACAACACCACACCACAUCACCACACACACACACACACACAUACACACACACACACACGUUUAUCUUCCUGUAAGUAUAUGUUGUGUUUAUACCGCAUGUUUUCCUGCUGACUAUAUGUCAUUACAUCUUUCUCCAACCUCCUCCUCCACAGGCCCAGACCCGUUUGGGGAGCGUGUUCUGCCCCCCCAGGUGAACGGGCGAGAGGGGGACAGUCCGGAGAUGUUUGACCUGUCCCGUCUAGCCCCCCCUCAGGGCUCCGCGACCCCCCGGAUGUGUCGCACCCCAGAAGCCUUCCUGGGACCUACAGGGGCGUCGCUAGUCAACCUGGACGCACUCAUACCCCCUACUCCUCCUAGCAGGACCCAUAACAACCCCUUCCUCUUAGGUGAGGAGAUGCACACACACACACACACACCUACUGUCAAAUAUCAACUCACUGCCAAUGUCCAAAUACUAUAAACUUUCCCCCUCCUCCUCCCGUCCCCCCUCAUCCCCCUCCCCUCACCCCCUCCCCUCUCUCUCCCAUCCCCUCUCCUCCCUCCCCUCUCUCUCCCCUCCCUCCUCCCUCUCUCCUCCCCCCUUUGUCUCCCCUCUCUCCUCUGUCUCUCCCCCCUCUCUCUUUCUUCCUCCCCCUGUUCUCUCUCCCCUCUCUCCUCUCUCCCUCCUCCUCUCUCUCCUCUCUCUCUCCAGGUCUGACCGCUCCCUCUCCCACCAACCCAUUCCACUGUGACCAGCCCCGCCUCACCCUCAACCAGAUGCUCCGCCCCUGCUCCACCUCCCCCCUACCCCCCCACACCCUCCCCUACAGCCCUCCCCCCUCCCCUACACCCCUACAGCCCUCUCUCCCCCUCCCUCUCCCACACAGCCCUCCACCCUCCCUCCUCCCCACCCCGCCCUCCACCGGCCUCCCUAGACAUCCCCUCUAA